GGUCUCAGUGCGUGCUCAGUUGGUGGAUGUGUUUCAGCCGGAGCGGUUGCUAGACAAUACCAAACGCAGACGUGUUUUAACAAUUCUUUAGAAACGUGGCCCGUGCGCUUGGCCAACUUUAGAAACCUUUGCGCAUCGGUUUAGUGCAGAUCGUAAUACCUACAAGCAGUUAACUGUUUCGAUUAUUUGAAAAUAAACAACAAGUGCCAAAGUUGUGAGAGAAACUUAAUAAAAAUACGAUAAUAAAAAAACAAAAACAAAAUCAAAAUGCAAGCGUGUAGAAAAAAAAGAGCUCCAGGCGAUUCGGCGUCGAUCUUGCGGAGGAGACUCUUUGUGGCAAGUCUCUGUGGAUUAUUGCUGCUUGGCAUUCAAAUUGAGCGCGCGGCGUCUGCGCCUGUAGGCGAGGAUGAUGCUCCAGUCAUUCCCAGCACCACGAUGCCAGCGUUGGAUACAACAACUGAAGCUGCUGCUGAUCCCUCAACAACAACAUCAACAACAACAACGACGACAACGACAGCACCAGCAGCAGCAACAACAAUUGGCGUAGAACAAAGCAGCGAGUCGACUGCGAUGUUGGAUAGUUCAACGACUUUGGAGCCCAACAGAUUGAACGCAAGCGAAGCUGAUACUACCAUAAUGCCUGCAGCAGCAAUUGAAAGCAGCAGCAGCAACAGUAUUCACGUACAUGAGGAAACUACAGUGCGUUCAACAAGUAUAGAGCCCAUAACAUCCACAGAGCCGACAACAACACCACGUGCUGACAGUGUAGCUUCCGAUGAGCCAAAGAUCUUACAUCAGACAGAGGCAGAUCAGACGCACAUACAGCACAUUCCACUGAAGGAUGAGCAUGCGGAGAAUGUGGGAGGCGAUGCCACCACGGAGCAUCAGCAACAGGAGCAACAAAAGCUGCAAGAGCAGGAGCAACAGAAUGAACUAUUGCUACUCAAUCAAAUCUCAAAUGAGAACGAUGAUGAUGCCAAAGAUUUGAAUAAUUUCCGACAUCCGGCGACACUUAUAACGGCCAGCAAUAGUGAGGAGAAUGAGUCUCAUGCCAAUGAGAAUGAAAGUGACAGCGACAAGUCGUUGUCGUCGUCAACUGAAUCAACAACAACAAUAACUUCAACAACAACUUCAACAACAACUGCAGCAACAGAAACAACAACAAGUGAAUCAGAAGAUCCCUAUCAUGUGCAUAUACUGUCCGAGAAUCAUGAUCGCCUGGCCGAGCACGAAGAUUAUCAAAUGCUGUCGAGCAGCACCGAGGAGGGCGAGCCAGCUGCAGUAGCAGCAGCAACAACAACAACAACAACAACAUCGACAACAACAUCAACAACCGAAUCGAGUGCCGGCAUUAUUGUCAGCGUGGAGAAUAAGGCAACAGCACAGCCAGUUACUGAGACAACAUCAACAACAUCCCGAGCACGCGCCAUGCAUAUGAAUGAGCCACAAACUGGAUCGAUGACUGAGUCAGGCACUGAGAUGGAGGCAAAGGCGGAGGCCACCACAGUGUUGCCACAGAGCGAAGUGAUUAACAUUGUUGAAGGACAGCACACAAUCGAGGACGCAACAAGCUCCACAAGCACAACGUCAACAACAACAACAACGCAGACACCGACAACAACAACUACAACUACAACCGAAAACCCAACUGAUACGCCAUUUGUUGCCUUUGCCGGCGAGGGCCGCUCGGCAGGAGGCAGCGAUGAGGAUGCAGAGCUGCUCUUCCGUCACAAUGCCACCUUGCAACACCAGGCGCUAAUGGAUCUCAGCGAUGUUAGCAUGGACGAUGAACGCACUGAGCUAAUUACAACGACAACACCGGCAGCUACAACGACAACUACAACAAGUACAACAACCGCACAACCCGAAACGGAAGUGCCAAAAAUUGUGGAAAUUACAGCAAGUGGAGAUACAAUGCAACGUGAAUGUCAGGCUGAAAACAAGAGUUAUAAGCAUGGCGAAAGCAUGGAACGGGAUUGCGAUGAGCGUUGCACUUGCAACCGCGGCGAAUGGAUCUGUGAGCCACGCUGCAAAGGUGCCUCCUAUCCACGAGGCAGUCAACGCACCAUGGCGAAUCCCCAUUGCCAUGAGCGUGCUGUGGAGGAGGACGAAUGCUGUAGGACCAUGGAAUGCAAUGAACCAUUGCUGCAACCCAGUGUGGAAACUGCCGAGAUGAACACGACAGGUGCUGCCACAAAUGAGCAGAGCGAAGAGAGCACACCGAAGCCACGCAACGAUUGCUUUUACCAAGGAGGAAUCUACAAGUUCCGAGAGCGCAAGGAAAUUGGCUGCGAGCAAAUUUGCCACUGCGACGAAGGAGGCGUGAUGAAUUGCCGCCCACGUUGUCCCGAGCGCAAUCACACGCGUGCCGACAAGUGUGUCUAUGUGAAGGAUCCCAAGGAUGUCUGCUGCCAGCUGGAACUUUGCGAUGUCACCCUCGAUGAUCACGAGCAACAGCAGCCACUUGCUCCACUGCCAUCGCUUCAGGGUGGCCAGAACAGCAUUGGAGAUGAAAUUGAACAGGAGCGCAGCUACGGAUUGGACCAGCAGGCACGUGAUGCAGGCGGUGCCACGCCCACCUGCAGCUUCAAGGGCACGGAUUACGAGUUGGGCCAGCAGUUCCGCGAUGGCUGCGAACAGUUGUGCAUCUGCAACGAGCAGGGCGUGCAUUGUGCCAAGGUCGAGUGUCCCUCCACCUUCGGCCUGGACGUGCUCAACCCCCAUUGCAUUCGCUGGGAGCCAGUGCCCGCUGACUUCAAGCCCGUGGCGCCACAUUGCUGCCCGGAGAGCAUGCGUUGUGUGGACAACGGCACCUGCACAUAUCAGGGCAUGGAAUUCGAUAAUUGGUCCCCUAUUCCAACCAAUCUGACGGGUUGCGAGAAGCACUGUUAUUGUGAGAAUGGCAAGGUCGAGUGUCGCCCAGCUUGUCCACCCGUUUUGGCCCUGCCUCCUGCAGAUUUACCCUGUCAUCCGGCAGAGGCGCGUCUCAUGCCCAUACCCGAUGAUGAAUGCUGCAAGCAUUGGAUCUGUAGUCCUCAGCUAGACGAUGAUCCUAGGCAGAUAUAUCCCAUGCCAGCAAAGCCAAAUGAAACAACAGCAACAUCGACAGCGACAACAUCAACAACAACAUCGACAGCAACAGCAACAUCGACAACAACAACAACUACUAGUAAACCCUUGGAGCUUGACUAUGAGAAGAAGCCUAUAUUAGGCGCCUUCUAUCCCACACUGGACGGCAAGCCGCCCAAAUCCAGCUCAGGUCUCUUUGAGAAACACGAAAAACCUCACAAGAAGGCCCAGCAGCAACAACAACAACAUCAUCAACAGCAGCAACAGCAACAAAAUGAUAUCAAAUAUGAUGUGCACGAGGAUCAGCAAGAGGAUGAGGUCAAUAAUGGUGCACCAUUGCCGCCAGUUGGCGCCUUUGUGCCGCUACAACUGGGCGGACACUACAACGACUAUCAGCAGCAGCAGCAACAUCAACAACAUCUUGGUCCUUAUGGCUUCUAUAAUCCCGCAAAGCCCGCCUACGAUGCCUACAAUCCCUACGAGCCUUAUGACAUUAAUCCCAAUGGUAUACCCCAAGGGAAACCGCCACCAGCACCAACAAGUCAGUCAGAUCUAUUUAAUAUACUGGGUGCUGAGCAUCCUGGACAUCCUGGGCAUCCAGCACAGUCAACACCACAGAAGGAUAAUCACAAUCUGCCUCCGCAUGUGAGAAUCGAGCAGAUAUUGCAGCAUUUGCAACAAAGCCAGCCAGUUGGUGCAGGAACAACAUCCCAGCAGCAACAACUUCAACAUCAACAGCAACAGCAGCGACCGACACCUCCACAUUAUGUGCCCAUUGUGCACAGUGGGGUGCCACCGCCGCCGCCACCACACGGCAUUGCCAUAGUUGAUGGUCAGCCGGUGGCCUAUGAGAGUUAUCCACUGAUACCUGGCUUGGGUGUGCCACCGCCACUGCAUCAUCCACAGCAGCAACUACAACAGCAGCAGCAACAACAUCAACAACAACAACAACAGCCUCAGCAUGAAUCUCCGCAACAACAGGCUACCAUUAUACCCAGCUCUAGCACCAGCUCUGGUCUCUCCACUCAGGCCAGCGAGCAUAGCCUGCAUCAGAGCCAUAGCCAGAGCCAGAGUCAGGGCCAGAAUCAGGGCCAUGGCCUGGACAAGCGGCCAACGCAGCAAGCAGUCUUAAGCCCUCUGCAGUCUGAUAUCGAAGUGCACACCUUGGAGGCCGUUGAUCCACGCACCAUUCGCAUGGUCUUCACCGUUCCGCAGGUUUAUGUGAAUCUUCAUGGACGAGUGGAGUUGCGUUAUACAAAUGGACCAAGUAAUGAUACCUCCACCUGGGAGCUGCAGACAUUUGCACCACCAGAAGAUCUGAUAGCCACCUCUCAAAUGGAAUUCGAUUUGCCCAAUCUGGAACCGAAUUCAUUGUACAAGGUUAAGAUAACUCUCAUUCUGCGCGAUAUCAAUUCGCAGCCGACGAGCGCCGUUUUCACCGUGAAGAUGCCAGCGGAGAGGACAAUAACGCCACCGCCUCAGAUCUCCGAUUACAGGCCAGACUUCCAGGAUAUAUUCAAGACAGUGGAUGAUCCCGAGCUGAAUGUAAUUGAGACGAACUCCACAUGGCUGCAGUUGACCUGGAAGAAACUCAGCGAUGAGCAGAUGGAGUACGUCGAUGGCGUCCAGUUGCGCUACAAGGAACUCACCGGCAUGAUCUACUCCUCCUCUCCGCUCGUACAUCGCACACUCACUAGCUACACCAUACAGAAUCUUCAGCCCGAUACGGGCUACGAGAUUGGACUCUAUUACAUUCCAUUUGCCGGACACGGCGCUGAGCUACGUGCUGGACACAUGAUCAAGGUGCGCACAGCGCCCAAGGUUGAUGUCUAUGGCUUCGAUGUGAAUGUCAAUGUCACCAAGGUGAAGACACAGAGUGUGGAAAUAUCCUGGAACGGUGUGCCCUAUCCAGAGGAUAAGUUUGUGCACAUCUAUCGCGCCAUCUACCAAAGUGAUUUGGGCAAAGAGGACUCCAGCGUCUUCAAGGUGGCCAAACGGGACAGCACGACGGGCACGCUUAUUAUGGACCUCAAGCCAGGUACCAAGUACCGCCUCUGGCUGGAGAUGUAUCUCACCAAUGGCAACACCAAGAAGAGCAAUGUGGUCAACUUUAUUACCAAACCAGGUGGUCCACCAACGCCGGGCAAGACGGGUAAACUUCUUACUGCUGGCGUCUCUGAGCAACCAGUUGGAGAUUAUUAUGGACCUCUUGUGGUUGUAUCUGUGAUUGCCGCCUUGGCGAUAAUGUCCACGCUGGCCCUGCUGCUGAUCAUAACCAGGAGGAGAGUACAUCAAACGGCAUCCAUAACUCCUCCGCGCAAAAGUGAUGCAGCCUACGACAAUCCCUCAUAUAAAGUAGAGAUACAACAGGAGACAAUGAGUUAG